AUGGAGUAUGGCCUAAAGAAGUUUUGGGCGCGUCUGCGACUUAUGCAGUAUAUUUUGGCAAUUAUGCUGUUGAAUAAUGAAGUUACGGCGGUCAAUCAUGUCAUAUCAAAAUUGACAAGAGUGUCGUCUUUGGAUGACAAAAUAUGUGUGACUAAAGAUUUAAUAUUUUCUUCAAAUUUUGGAAUGUUGAACAGAUGUCUGUUAAUGUGUAUAAAUGAGACAAAGUGUCUAUCUGUUUUUUAUAAUCAGAUAGACGGCAAAUGUCGCGGAUGUGCAGAGAUUUAUUCAUCUCCGGGCGGGCUGAUUUCAUUCACUGGAUUUAUAUAUUUUCAAAAAGAACCUAAAACAGUCUGUGAAGAAUCUGGUUCGUGGACGGCCUACAAAGAGUCGUGCUACAUGUCAAGUCCGAGUGGUACCUUCCAGCAAGGAGUGGAUUAUUGUCAGACGAACGGAGCACACCCUGUGUAUGUAGAGACUUCUGACGAAAAUGAGUUUCUAAAGACCUUUCUAGCAGAACAGGUUUCGAACAAUGGUUUAUGGUUCAUGGGAAUGAGCGACAGUACUAAACAAGGGGAGUGGAGAUAUUGGGGUACUAAUGAAAUAGUGACGUUCCUAGACUUCUUCCACUCAGAACCGAAUGAUGAUGGGUCUAAUUCCCAGCAAUGCGCUGUUUUUGUGCAACCGUACCGUUUUAACUACCAAUGGGCGGACCAUUUCUGUACUGACAUUUCUCCAACUGUUUGUGAAAAAUCCUGCUGUGAAACCAUAUAUACAUAA